AUGCUUGCCGCUUCGACAGCAGUCACCUUUAUUUUUGCAGCUCUGAUCGCUGCCAUGAUCGUGCCGGAGCUCUCCAGUGCGGUGGCCAUAUCCGAACCCGAUGUGGACCUGGACAGACCCAAUACCAACUAUACGGCUUUCUUUAAGGCGUUCCUCGACAUGGGCAAUGCUCUCUUUGGUGACUGGGCGCCGCAAUCGGUUAUAGAGGACUUUUUCCGGAAUGAUUAG